AUGUGUCUUUUUGGAAGUUAAUUAUUUCCGUUUAUAUGACUGACAAUGGUUUUGUAAAAGACUCUAGAAACUGGUAGCCGCCGGGCAUGAUCUGCAUUCUGCACCUCUUCCUCUUCCUCUUCGGUGUCCUCCUUGGAUGGAGAGGCUAUCUGGAGCCUCCCCCAUGUUCAUCCUCGGGUCCGCUUGGCCGCUCCGACCGACGCCAUUGUUUUGGCUUUUGAGGGGAGGGAGCCUUUGAAUUUUGAACGCUAAAUGCGUGGUUUAUUGAUCUGGGAGAGGCAGUCUAAACUCUGAAACUCUUUUGCACACUCGAUAGUGAUAACAAUUUCCUUUUUAUUGUUCAAUUUUCGUUCCGCUCUCUGCCCCCGGAAUGUACUUCAUUUGCAACUGUUACUUCAGAAUCAGAAAAACCUCAGUUAAACCCCCUAAAGUUAGGGGUUUCUUGCAGUUUAAUACAUGUUUUCACGGCUUUAACCUUCAAUCUUGUAGACAAGAGUUCAGCUACAAACUCAGAAGCCAUUUCGUCGUACAUGCAUCGAGCUGUAUUGGUCCUGCUGCCUUUUUUUCAUCCUCAUCGAAACGAAAUCCUAGGUCCUGUGUCUCUUUAAACCCUAAUUUGCGUGCCUCGUGUGGGGAAAAAGAAUGUCUUGGAGAUGGUGGACAUGAAUAUGGGAGAGUUAAACAAAUGGAUCCCAAGGGACCGAGGGUUUCGAAUUUGUCUGGAAGUGGUGAUGUAAAUUAUCAAAAUCGUGUCAAUUUCGUUGAUUCUGAUGAGGAUGAAACAUUUGAGGAUGGUGCAAAAGCGGCUGAUAAUGAUGAUCUUCUGGUUUUGAAUUCGUCUAAUGGGAAUUAUAGACAUGUAGAAGUUGUUAGUAGAGAUGAAGGAGAUGAAGAUGAAUUUAGACACCCUUUGGUGAGAGAAAUUUGUAGGUUAAUUGAAUUUCAAUCAGCAUGGACUCCGAAGCUUGAAGCGGAAUUGAGGCACUUAUUUAGAAGCCUCAAACCUCAACAAGUUUGUGCAGUUCUGCGCGUGCAGGCUGAUGAACGUGUUGCUUUGAAAAUUUUCUAUUGGGCUGACAGACAAUGGCGGUACAAGCAUGAUACUAUUGUUUACUAUGCAAUGCUUGAGGUCUUAAGUAAUACCAAACUGUGCCAGGGUGCCAAGAGAAUUCUCCGGCUCAUGGCCCGAAGGGGAAUUGAGCUUCGUCCUGAGGCUUUUGGUUAUGUUAUGGUAUCUUUUAGCCGGGCAGAUAAAUUGAGGAAUGCAAUGCAGAUCUUGACACUGAUGCAAAAAGCUGGAAUAGAACUUGAUUUGUCAAUUUGUAAUACUGCAAUUCACAUUUUGGUGAAAGGAAACAGGUUGGAAAAGGCAUUGAGGUUCUUCGAUCGAAUGCAACUUGUUGGAGUUACACCUAAUGUCAUAACAUAUAAUUGUUUGAUCAAGGGAUAUUGUGCAUUGCAUCGGGUUGAAGAUGCUUUAGCAUUGAUUGCGGAAAUGCCUUCUAGGGGAUGCUCCCCAGAUAAAGUUAGUUACUAUACUGUUAUGAGUUUUCUUUGUAAAGAGAAUAGGAUCAAAGAAGUCAGAGAGUUGAUGGAGAAGAUGUUGGAGAAUAGUAAUUUGUUACCAGACCAGGUUACUUAUAAUACUGUUAUCCAUGUGCUUUGCAAGCAUGGUCAUGGAAAUGAGGCACUUGAAUUUAUCAGGGAAGCUGAAGAGAGGAGAUAUCAGGUUGAUAAGAUUGGUUAUAGUGCUGUAGUUCAUGCUUUCUGUAAGAAAGGAGACAUUGAUAGAGCCAAAGAAAUAGUGAAUGAAAUGUUCUCAAAAGGUUGCAUUCCGGAUGUAGUGACCUACACUGCUGUUGUUAAUGGGUUUUGUCGGGUAGGAAAGGUGGAUCAAGCUAAAAAUUUGAUUCACAAAAUGCAGAAGUAUGGUUGUAAACCAAACACUGUGUCAUAUACAGCAUUGCUAAAUGGGCUUUGUCGGAAUGGGAACUCAUCUGAGGCAAGAAAGAUGAUGAACAUGUGUGAAGAUGAGUGGUGGACGCCAAAUGCCAUAACCUACAGUGUCAUAAUGCAUGGGCUUCAUAGAGAAGGAAAAUUGUCUGCGGCCUGUGAUUUAGUCAGAGAAAUGAUUAAGAAGGACUUCCUCCCAACCCCGGUUGAAAUAAACUUAAUAAUCCAGUCACUCUGCCGCGAGGGGAAACCGGAAGAGGCUAAAAGGCUUAUGGUGGAGUGUCAGAAAAAGGGAUGUGCUGUUAAUGUGGUGAACUUUACCACUGUUAUUCAUGGAUUUUGCAAGAAGGAUGACCUAGAAGCUGCUUUUUCAUUGCUUGAUGACAUGUAUCUAAGUAACAAACACCCGGAUGCCAUCACAUAUACAACAAUGAUUGAUGCUUUGGGAAAGAAAGGUAGAAUAGAAGAGGCUACUCAACUUGCAAUUAAAAUGCUUGGGCGGGGCUUGGUUCCUACACCUGUCACAUAUCGCACAGUCAUCCAUCAGUACUGUCAGAAUGGUAGGGUGGAAGAUCUGUUGAGAUUGUUAGAUAAGAUGCUCUCAAGGCAAGCGUGUAAGACAGCAUAUAACCAAGUUAUUGAAAAGCUUUGUGCUUUAGGAAAACUUGAUGAGGCCUAUAAACUUUUAGGGCAAGUUUUGCGGACUGCUUCAAGGAUUGAUGCUAAUACUUGCCAUGUUCUUAUGAAUAGCUGUUUAAGCAAAGGAAUUCCUCUAUUGGCAUAUAAAGUUUCUUGUCGAAUGUUUAAUAGGAAUCUGAUUCCUGAUCUUAAAAUAUGCGAAAAAGUGAGCAAGAGAUUGCUGUUAGAAGGAAAAUCAGAGGAGGCAGAUAAGCUUAUGUUACGGUUUGUUGAGCGUGGAUGCAUUUCAAUUCCAUGUCAGCAAGAUUUGCAAAGUGAGUGAGGGUUCUUCUGUAUUGGACUGGAACAGAUUGAUUUGGUUUCUCCUAACAGCAUUAUUUGCUUUUGGGUCUAUUUUUUCCAGAACUUCAGUCCUGGCCAGGUUUUGUGCUACUAUCCGGUGGGUUGAAAAAGGCAACGGAUGCGAGGUCUAAGCUUUCUGAAGAGGCUUCUGCUUAGAACAGGGGUCUUGAGCAGCCUGUAAUGUUGAUGCUAAAAGUUCUCAACAUGAUUCAAGUCCACCUUUAUUAUUUAUAUACGGGACAAAAAUUUGUGGAUUGAUGGCAUUUGAGAGCUUCACAACAGAUGCAGCAUUAUUUCUGGAAGGCAUGCUAGCUGAUAUGGUAUAUGAAUCUUCAUUUGAUUCUCUCUCCAUAUAUAUAUAUAUAUAUAUGCUAACUGAUAUGGCAUAUAAAUCUUCAUUCGA